AUGGGAAUUGAUUUACAGCUCAACAGGGUAAAGACACUACUUUCGAAACUUGAUUUUAGCCCAACAUUCAAAGUUGUUCACAUCGCAGGCACAAAUGGGAAGGGGUCAGUAAGCUCGUAUGUGUCUCAUGUGCUCACCGCACAAGGAAUCCGCAACGGCCGUCUGAACUCACCACAUCUGCUAUAUAAAUGGGAUUCUGUGCAAAUAAACGAUAAGGCAGUACCACAGAGAGAUUUCGCUGCUGCAGAGGAACAUGUUCGUGAAGUAGACCAUCGAGAUAACAUCAAUUGCACCGAGUUCGAGGUGCUCACCUGCACAGCCUUGCACAUGUUCAAUGCAAAACGAGUGCGGGUGGCAGUUCUAGAAACCGGCCUCGGGGGACGGCUGGAUGCCACCAACGUACUAGCAGCAGCAAACACACUGUGCACGGCUAUAACAAAGAUAGGACUGGAUCACGAGCAUUUGCUGGGAAGCACACUUGAGAAGAUAGCGUACGAAAAAGCAGGGAUAAUUAAAGAAGGCGUCCCAUGUGUCGUUGAUGGAUCCAAUAAAGGCUCUGUUUUGCGCACAAUAGAGCAUCUGGCAAGGAAAAAGGGCUCAGAAUAUUUGCCCGUGAGUGAUUCUCCGGCCCAAAAAUUUGAACGUUUGGGAGCAUGUCUGGGAGACUUCCGUACGAACCUCCAGGGCGAGUACCAACAGAUGAACCUUUCUGUUGCCCUUGGGAUAUUGAAUGUGAUUUCCAGGUCCUUGCCAAUUGGAAAAGAUGCCGUAGAGCUUGGCAUCAGAAACACAAGCUGGCCGGGCCGAUUGCAAAAACUUAAUCUCAAACUCCGGUCAGACGAAGUCCCAGUUUUGCUUGAUGGAGCUCAUAAUAGUGAAGCAGCGGAACAGCUUUCAAAAUACUUGGGCUCUUCUCGGUCAACGGGAGUCACUUUUGUUAUAGCAAUGACGUCCGGGAAAGACGUCUCCGGGCUGCUUCAGCCUCUCAUCAAACCCCAGGAUACGGUAAUCUUUACGCGGUUUUCGGAACCAGUGGACGGAAUGCCCUGGAUCGAAAGUUAUUCUCCGGAGGAACUAUUCAAUAAAGCACGGCUCACUGUUGACUCCACCAUCCAACCAAACCUGGAAGCGGCAUUAUCAGCCGCCCAAAAUACCCAGAAGCCCAUCGUGAUCUGUGGCAGUCUGUAUUUAGUGGCAGAAGUGUUGCGUUUGCAUUUACGCAACGGAGGCGUCCAGACAUGGUGAAUACACUGCAUUCAAUCUAAUAUAUACAUUAGUCCAUGACUACUUGGUAGGUUUGCCUUUUUGGACGCGUCUGACAUUCUUAGCCCACUUCUUUAUGUCAGAACGGUACUUGGCAGACACUUUCAAGCUAUCUGCCUCGGUGAAGUCGGCUAAAAACUUGUGUUUGAGCAGCACAUGCGGAUCAGGCCUCUCCUUCUCCUUUUUCAAACACAGUUCAACAAACUCACAGAGUUCAGGAGUGUAGCCAUCACUCUCUUUGAGCGAGGGCGGUCUUUCGUUGACAAUGCGCUGUAACAGAUCCAGAAUAGAAUCCGGGGUUUUUAUCUGGGGAUCCCCUUUCAGGCCUGAAACCCCAGGGGCUGCUCCGCCAGGCAUACCUCCAAAAGCAAACUUUCCAGAGGCCAGCUCGUAUAACAUCAGACCCAGAGACCACACGUCUCCCUUGAUGUUGUAAACGCCUCCUUGGAUGCGCUCUGGCGACAUGUAGGUAGAGGUACCAACAAAUGUGUCGGCCAUCGAAUUAAUCAGCUCUCUGCUCACGCCAAAAUCACACAGCUUUAUGUUUCCCUUUGAGUCCAACAGCACGUUCGAAGGCUUCACAUCACGAUGUAUAAUCCUGUGGUUGUCAUAAAGAUAGACCAGGCCGCUCAGGACGGAGUAGGCGACGUGUUUGAGCAUGAAGUCCGGGAAAGGCCCGGUGAGCUUGAAGAUUUUGUCCAAUGAGCCGCAGUCAACAUAUUCCAUACAAAUUACCACGUCUCCCUCGUGUAGGAAGGCUCCAUAGAACCCAAUGAUAAAAGGCGAGUCACACUCGUGCAUUAUACGGAGCUCGCGGAUGAUUUGCGACUGUAUCACCUCUUUGGCAUCGAUGUGGAUGGUCUUCCGAGCCAUGGUUUUCUGUGUUGGUAAGUGUAGCACUUUGGAAACCGUUCCCGAGUUUCCAGAGCCCAGUUUUUUAAGCAUAACAAGCUCCUCUGCCUUGAUGGACAGCUGAUACUCCAAACCAAGCUCGAGUGUUUGUAUAUUGGCAAUCAAUUCGUCCGUGGACGCCUUUUUGUCUGGGUCUUUGAAGCCCGACUGCUCAAGGGAGGAAGCUGACGAAUUGACAUUCGCCAUGCCGGAACUGUUUGGAUGAGAGCCCACAGACACCUGUGAGGUGGCUAGAGUCAGUUUCAUCACGUUCUUUCGUUUCAAUGACUUGCUUUCCAAAAACGGUGUAGGCGGUUUGUUUGGAAUGUUGAGCGAAGAAACAAAGGGCGUCGACUCCUGCUGUUGAACCACACGCGACGAUUCUGGAAGUGGGACAUGGUUGAACAGUGGUGGCGGACGCCGGCCGAAGCUCGAACCGCCGCUGGAGUCCACGGUGUCGACGCUUGAAGCUGAUACUUGCGCACUUGUAACAGGACGUACGGGCAGCGUCAGCGCCGGUCGGCGAAUACCAUUAUCUGCUGACGAAGACCUGCUCGAGAGAUUCUCCUUUUCCAGUUGGCGCGGAAGCGGAGGAAGAU